CUGGUUUUUUCUGCGACCUAUCUAGGAUGUUCAGCUGUUGCUACGGAUCACGAAAGAAAUGAUGAAGCGUAAAAUGGAAGAAUAUGCCGAUCGCAGUAACGAUCAGUUACCUCAACGGUCCUCUAAAACGGCGGAACCUCAGCAUGCAGGAGUAAAUAACGAUGGAGCACCAUGGACUCCCCAGCCCUCCCUCCUGCUCUCCCUUCCCCUCGAAAUCCGACUCCAGAUAUGGAAGGAAGCGACCUACGCCCCCUCUUCCAUCAUACGUUUGAUAUAUCCGUCAUUCUCUGGCGUUAGAGAAUCUCGUGUUCCCAAACUCCAUCUCAUCCCUCUCCCCAUAUCCCACCAAAACACUCCCUGCACCUCAGGCCACCGAGGCAGCCCCUUGACUCCCGGCACCUCCCACAACCCACGCGUCUGGCUCUUCACCUGCCGCCAGAUCUACGCCGAAGCGCGUCCUCUCGUAAACAUCCACCCGCCUGGCCUGCACUUCUGCUUUGCUACCUCGAUGAAUAAGUACCUCAAUCGUGCUCUCUCUUCAUCUCUUGGGAACCCCUCCAUCCCGGAUCCGCGGGAACUGCGCUCUCUGUCACUAUGUCUGUUCGUCGGGGUUAAGCAGGCUAGUGUCGUAGGGAGCACGUCGGGCGGGCGUUAUGCGCUUGCUAUGAGUGACGAUACGGGGUGGGAGGGUGGGCAUGGAGAUGAGUUUUGCGACAAGGGAUGUAUGUAUUGUUCAGCUGUGAGGGGUAUACCGACGGACCUAGGGACGUGUUUUCCGGAGUUGAGGACGCUGAAACUGAGUAUAAGUUUUAAGUGCGUGGAGGAGAGGGUAAUGAGGUGGGGGAGCUAUAAGACUAUGGAGGAGAAUCGCAUGGAGGAUAAGAGCAUGUAUGAGAAUCGCAUGUAUGAGAAGAGUAAGGAGGAGGAGAGCAUGGGGGAAGAGAGAAUAGAGGAGAAGAGCAUUGAGGAGAAGAGCACGGCGAAGAAAAGCAUGAAAGAGCGAUUAUCAAAGAACCCGUUGCUUGGGCGAAUAUUAGGUAAUACGUCGGCUGACGGGGUGAAGAAGAGUGCAGGAGAGUUUGUCGAUGACGAUGAGAGAGUAGAAUGGAUUGUGGAGUGGAUUUGCAAGCAGCUGCCAUUAUGGGGGUUUGUGGGAAAGAGAUUCGAGAGUGUAGAGGUGAUAUUUAAGGCAGGGAUUGUGCAUGAUCUUACAAAGAUGCUUCCGCCGGUCGAUGGGUGUUGGUGUGCUGGAAGAGAGAUCGAUGAGGAGGACGAGAUAAGGGGAAGGCUUAGCAUGGCGAUUAAAAGAACCUUGAUGAAGGGGAAGCUCCGAGACGAUCCGACGAUUAAGCCCCAGGGCUACCCGUUCUGAAUUGUUGGGUGAUGGAUCGAGCGGACGGCCACGGUUACCAUCUGUAUGUAUGGAUGUUUUGGGGAUAAAUGUAUCGUGGAUGAAUGAACGAAACCGCCUCCGAAGUCGAGAUGAUUAACAAUGGCUCGGAGACUCGUGAACGGCAAACUGUUUGUCGUCCGGCACUUGCUUGUCCUCGAGUGUAUCCCAUAAACGAAUGAAUAAAUAUAUAGGAAGCGAGUGCGUAGUGAGGUAGGUGAAUGUCUAGGCCAAUAUGGAGAAGUGUGGGGAGGUGGGUGAAUGUUGGAAAAGGUAGGUGAGGGAAGAAAACAGUUGGAAAUCAACCAUUCGAGUCACAUUACGCCAGGCAGGACUCAACUGCACCAAAUUCCCUUUCAGCCUGUGCUUGUGGACUCAGUGAAUACCGUGGAUGGCGGAGCCUGUAAAUGUGUCUUAGGUAGGCGCCUGGAACGCCUCCGAGGCGUCGAUGAAUAACAACAGCUCACCUCAGAGAGGGGAGCCGCCAACGGCACACCGCUUUUUGGCUUUUGCCUGUCUAUUCCGUGAGCGACCAAUGUUUUCAUUGGAGUAAUUGGGUAUGAGAGUACGAAAGGAGCGGGAAACCGGAAUUAAGUAUCUGAGUGAGCCAUCGCGUGCAGGAGGAGUUGAUAUCGCCACAUUCUUUGUUUUCUUUAGCCCCGCACUCGUUAAUGAUGCGGAUGAUGCGAUGAUGCAGGUUGUAGAUGUGUUUGGAAUCGGAUGGGUGAGGGAGCCUCUUUGUGCCAGGUACCUGAAAAUGGAGCUCGGUGAGGACACGAGUCGGCGGAAGAUCAUACCUUUCUUGGCUCGUGAUUGCAAAUUUGGCUGUUGUGUGAAUGCUAGUAACAAACGAAAAUAUGCAGCUGUGAGCGCGAACAGUAUAGACGCGGGUACAGGUCUCAGAUCAAAAAGAGGGAGGGCGCCACCUUUGGUUGAGGGAGUGGGUAAUCCUGGGGGCGGGAUCGGGAUGUACCCCGAGAGACGUGCGCAGGGGUGAGCGAAGGGG